GUGAAGCCGUUUGCCGGGGAGCCGUGAGGGGAGAGCCCGGCCCGGGGACGGAGCUCCCGCCGCCCCCCUUCCGCACAAGAUGGCGGGGGGCGGGUCGGAAGUGACGGAGGAAGGAAGCUCCGUCCCGUUUGAAAGCGCCCGGCGGAGCCGCCACCGCCUCCUGCUUCCCGCCCGGGCCGCCAUGGCCGCCUUCGCCAUGGAGCCGCCGCCCGCAGGAGCUGAGCCGAUGACUCUCGGCUCCCCGACGUCUCCCAAACAAGGAGCUGGUGCUCAGUUCCUUCCCGGGUUUUUGAUGGGUGACUUACCUGCACCGGUGACUCCACAGCCACGUGCUUUGUGCGGCCCUUCAGUUGGAGUAAUGGAAACGAGGUCUCCACUACUUGCAGGAGGAUCUCCCCCACAGCCAGUGGUCCCGACACAUAAAGAUAAAGGCGGCGCUCCACCCGUUAGGAGCAUUUAUGAUGAGUUGUCUAGUCCUGGGCUUGGAUCAACACCUCUAACCUCAGGAAGACCAGCCAACUUCUCGUUAACACAGAGCCCAUCGGUUGGAAUUCUACCGUCAACUCCAGGCACAGCUUCAAGCGUGUUCAGUCCUGCAAGUAUUGGGCAGCCUAGGAAAACUACUCUGUCUCCUGCUCAGCUAGAUCCUUUUUAUACUCAAGGUGAUUCCCUUACUUCAGAAGAUCAGCUUGAUGACACAUGGAUAACUGUAUUUGGAUUUCCCCAAGCAUCAGCUUCCUACAUUCUUCUGCAGUUUGCUCAGUAUGGAAACAUAUUAAAGCACGUGAUGUCCAACACAGGAAACUGGAUGCACAUUCGAUAUCAGUCUAAGCUUCAAGCCCGGAAAGCCUUAAGCAAAGAUGGAAGAAUUUUUGGUGAAUCCAUCAUGAUUGGUGUCAAGCCCUGUAUAGAUAAACAUCUGCUAAAGGGAGUGAAUGAAACUCUUUGGCAAGCUGAGUCUGAGCAAAAGAGUGUGAUGGAAAACUCUGAAAGAAACUCUACAUCCUCAAUGUCUUCGGUUUUCACUCCACCUACAAAAUCUGCUGGCACACCAGUACAACUUGCAAAUAAUACUACAAGGAUUUCUACAAUGAGACCUCUUGCAACAGCAUAUAAAGCUUCCACUAGUGACUAUCAGGUGGUUUCUGACAGACAGACUCCUAGGAAAGAUGAAAGUAUUGUAUCCAAAGCAAUGGAAUAUGUGUUUGGCUGGUAAUAUCCCAGAGGCAGGAACACACUCAGCUGGUCAGGGUUGGAGCUGGAUCCGUGGUUAGCUGUAUAACUACAGGUGGUGUUUUAUCUCCCACAGCGCCUGUUAUGCCUUCAGUUAAUUCAGCAGACAUGUAGCUUGCACUUUAAAUGAUGGCAAUGUACACGUGGGUUUGCAAACUGAGUUAAGUGUAAAUAAAAGUGCUUUAUCCCCAUCUGUGCUCCAAUUGCAUGACUGUAGAAAAUAUGUCAGCACUGACUUCUCUGUGAUUACUUUCUGCGAGUUAUUUCCCACUAAGUUGGAAAUGCUUAAAAUGGCAGCUACAUUUACUGAUGCCUUUAAUUUUUUGGGUUUUUCCCCCUCUGGAGAGAUGAUGGGCUAUUUACAGGAAGAAAACUAUGCACAGCUGGCUCCCAGGGACAGGGUCUGUUCUUAGUAUGUGUCAUUUUAUUUUUUUUUAAAUUAAGAUUCAUUGCUGUGUUGUAAUUAUCUCUGGCAUACUGUUCUAAAUGUCCUAGCAGCCUUUAAACUCUUUUUUUUUUUUUUUAUUAAUAAAGAUCAAGUGAAGUUUUUUCCUUUGGUUGGUUUUUAAACAAGUAUGAGUUCUGUUAGGAAAAACUAUCUGCAGUGCUCUUAACUAUGAAACAUGAUGCUGUCUAAUGUUUAUUGAAGUGUUAUCAGCAGAGGAGGUGCUGCUGAUUUUUACAAAGCAGUACAAACUGAGUUUCAAACUAGCUAGUGGUUAAAUGUUGUCUCUGUGGGUAUUUUAUAGCAGUGUGCACUUAACAGGUAACAAACUAGCAUUCUAAACUAUAAAACAUUGAGUUGAAGUAGCUAAAUAGGAAACUGCAAUGUUUGGUGACCACAGCUGCUUUCAUUUCCAGACUUUUCUAAGAAAUUUUCUCUUAAGGUGUUGGUUUGGCUGAAUUAUUCUUACUUUUUGAAUUGAACUUUCCCCCCUGGAAGUUUUGGAGAUGAGCCUCUCAAUUAAUCAUGUGUGUCAUUUAAGCUCCUAGUCUCAUUCAUCUGGGCUCCUAGUCUCAUUCAUCUGGGAAGAGAACAAUUUUUUUUCAUGAUACUUGGGAAACUACUAUUCCUUUAAUAACUUUGUGGCUGUGUUAGUGUGGUCAACAUCAGCCUUUUAGUUUGGGUCAGUAGUGUGUUGGUCAGGUGAGUCCAGUUAUACCCCUUUCCAUGCUUUGCUUCACACUGCACUGUGGUCUCAAAGUUCUUCAGCUGCAUUCCUCUGAUAAAAUUAGAUUGCAAGAUUAGUCCAGCAGCAUGAAAGAUUAGUCCAGCAGCAUGCCUGAUGUCCCUCAGGUGCUGAUGGGCAUCCAGUUUACAGGAUUAAGCUAGAGAUGGUCCUGACUAAAAUCCCCAAAGCACUUAGUGAGAAGUAAGGUUUCUACCUCGGGGCACUUUGUUCUUCACUGAAUGCUUUAGAAUUAACCUACCUGCAGGCAGAUUCAGAGAUUUUUGGGAUGCAUUUGAUGGAUUUGCUGGCUUAUGCUUUUAGAAUAUUGGUUGCUACUUGUCCAUUUGCAUUUGAUCAAAGGGAACUGCUCAAACUUAACAGCUGAACAUGCUUUCUCCAAAUACAUCUGGCUUUUUCUUGGCAAAAAAUAUUUGCCAUGCAUAUGACUGGAGAAAAAUAAAGGGAGUUCAGCUAAAUUCUUGUUUUGCUAGUUGCUUGGCAGAAUACAUUUCUGGUGUGCUGGAGAGUUGUGAUAUGUGCUGGAUUUGGUGUAGUGAAGUGAUAAUGUUGAACUUGGACCAAGUAAAUCUGAAGCUAAAUAUGUAAAGAAGGAGCUGGAGCCCAAGACAGUAGUCUGGCUGAUCUGUUUUACAGAUUUAAAACUGUGCUGAGUUGUUUACCUUAGUUUCUUGUUUCUCCUAACUCUAGGAAUGACUACAGUAAUCAGUUGGUGCAGCUUCCUGUAGAGUAAAAGCACUUGGGAGCAGUGGAUGUUGUUUGCUUUGCUCUGCAGGUGGUAAACAGGGGAAGAAGAAGGCUCAGAACAUGUAAAUCUGUGCACUUCUGGACAGGAUCGUUAAGAAAUGAUGUGGCUUCUGCUGGCAGGACUUCCUGUGUUGGUUUAGUGUUGAGUACUAGUUAAACCCUGGUAUCAAUGAUUUGGGCUUGCCCAGUCUGAGAACAUGACAGUCCCAGAGUGCACCAACCACUGUGCAGCCUCCUUGCAAUGUGUUCCUGGUAAUAUAAUUAUUAUAUGGGUGUCCAGGGCCACAUGUGGAAGAGCAGAGGCUGUUGAAGUACAUCUGUGAAAAAUCUCUGAAACACUUGCAAGAGUCUUCAAGUCUUCAACCCUUUUCCAGGCCAGCUGCUAUUGUUGGGUAGCUUUGCACUGGAAAAUCCAAUUCUGCCCCUUUGUUAACAGUGGAUCUGCUGCUUUGCAAUAAGGAAGAAUUCUCUUCUGCUGGAUGGGAUUUACAUUAGAGCCAAAGUUAUGGACUUCAGUGAUGAGAACACACUCAUGAAAAGGAGUUCUGAUUUUAGAUGUAUGGGGUUUCCUGUAAGACUGCAAAUGACAUUUUUGUUUUUAGGAUUAUGGCUUUAGUUUAAAAUAAAACUCAGAAAUACAUAUUUGCUGCUGUCUGCCUGGAUCACAAGCAUGUUACUCAGGGAUCUAAUUCUCUUAGUAUAUAGAUCUGCACAGGUUUUAAAUUGUAGAAGGGUUUGUUGUAUUGUUUCAAUGACAAUUACCCUACAGUUUAAACUUAUUUUUGGUGAAGACUUUUAUAGCUUGGAGAUGGUGUUUAUUUUUUUCCUUCUACCCCUCCUCAGUUUAGCUUUCUAGUAACUUUCAAAGCAAGUAAUUUGAUAAUUAAUUUAGGUAAUUAAUUUACACUAACAUAAAAUGAAGAUACUGCAUCACCUCUGCCUCUCAUUUCAAGCUGUAGGCAUCUACCUCCACCGUGUGGCAGUUCUUCAGAACUUCAGUGAGAGGUUUAACUGAUAGUGAAUGGAAUAUGGGAUCUGAAUUGUACUUCGGUUAGGAAGUGUAUAAACAAACAGUACUGUGAGAAAAUAGAGCUGCUCAAAUGUCCCUUGAAGUGUUUUUUGUCAUAAAAGAAGAAAGCACAAAGGUGAGUUUACUGAAUAGCUUAAUUGGUGAGUAAUUCAGACUUUUAAAUAUUGCAUCAAGGGAAUAGUUCCUAAACUUCAUUUAAAAUCUUGCCAGUAUUCAGGAUUAAUUCACCAAAUGAUAUUUUAGCAGGAUAUGCCACAAUAUCCAUUUCUUAUGUGAACAAAAUUGCCUUUUUUUCCGGUGGUUUGUGUACAUGUGUAAAAAUACAACCCUGGCAUUAGUUUCCUUUACUUUGACAGUAGGUCACUACACCACAGAUGAGUCUGCAAAAAUAUGCUGCUUAACAAUGUUUAGGAACAAUGAGCUGCUCAGCUGUUGAGUGAGUGAAACCAAAAUAAGCUGACUCACAAAGGACUUGGAGCUGGGAGCUGGUUUAGUGAAUUUUGGACUGCAGGUGAGAAGGCUCUGGAAUAAAUGUUCUAGAUUUCUAAUAAAAACAUCACUCCUCGGGUUACUUCACGGCUUUGUGGUGCUGCCUUUUUGUACUGGUUUGGACAAGAGUAAAAAGUGUACUUUUGGUGUGGUGUGUCUCAAGUAUCAAAAUGCAAACUGUCAAACUUCUGCUAGUGUUUAUAAAUCAGUGUUCAGUCAGUGGAGUUACCUUUACAAAUGAAUACAUAAUUAAUAACUUUGUACAAAGUGUUUUUUGCCUUUAUUAAGGAAUGAUGUGAUGCAGGUGUGUGGUCGUGUCAUGUGUAUGAACUGUGCUUCUAUCAACAAAAUCAUAUUUUCCACCUUUCUGCGAGUAGAACAGGCCUUGAAAUCAGGAGAAUGUCUGAGAAGCUGUAAACUCUGGUGUCCUGUGUCAUCAGAUGUCUUGAUUCUUCAAGUUUGUUGCUUUUGUAAGUGAACUUUCAGCUUAAAUAAAGAGUUUAUUGCU